GUGCGUGUGUGUGUGUGUGUGAGAGAGGUGCACCUGUUGUCUGUCUGAAGCCAUGCAGUGUGCUGCGCAGCUGUUUCUUUUUCUGCUCCUUGUUUCUGCUGCUAAUAAAACAAUGACUGCAGCAACACCAGAGGAUGAGUUGCCGUCAGGCUCUGUGGAGCCUGACUGUGGCAAGUAUGAAGGAGGAGUCUGUACCAAGCAGUAUGAUCCAGUGUGUGGUAGUGAUGGCAACACGUAUGGAACAGAAUGUGUUCUCUGCCAGGAAAACCGACAGAAGAAGAAGAAAGUCAAGGUGGCCAGCAGAGGACCAUGUCUCCCAAGCCACAAUGACACCGACACACUUCUGCGGCUGUAACGUGAUGACCUCCAGAACUUAACCUGAUAAAUAAAAUCACUCACUGCA